AUGAGUCAAAGUUUAGAAUUUAAAUCGAAAAUAAGAGAGAGAGGACAAAGAUCUCCAUCGUCGGAAAAUAUAUCCGUAGAUGAUGAUAUACUAACGGAAAAUAUUGUCAGAACGCCAGAACCGGAAAAUGAUACGGAAAUAAAAUUACAAGCGAAAAUGAGCCUUUUAAACGGAUGUACCGUCAUUGUUGGAAGCAUUAUAGGUUCUGGAAUAUUCGUGAGUCCUACGGGAGUUCUUAAAUAUACCGGAUCCGUAAAUGCUUCACUAAUCGUAUGGAUUGUUUCUGGAAUUUUUUCUAUGGUUGGUGCCUACUGCUACGCUGAAUUAGGAUGUAUGAUAUCAAAAUCUGGAGCUGAUUACGCUUAUAUAAUGACAACAUUUGGACCAUUUUUAGCAUUUAUACGUUUAUGGAUCGAAUGCAUGAUCGUGAGACCAUGUUCCCAAGCCAUAGUAGCCCUCACUUUCAGCAUAUACGUAUUAAAACCUUUUUUUCCAGAAUGCGAACCCCCGGAAGAAAGCAUUCGUCUUCUCGCGUGCUGUUGCAUAAUGACCCUAACAUUUGUAAAUUGUUGGGAUGUCAAAUGGGCAACAAGAGUUCAAGAUGUUUUCACAUAUGCAAAACUUGUUGCUUUAUUCGGCCUUAUUAUUGCUGGGAUAUAUCAACUCUUAACCGGUCAUACCAGUUAUUUUACAUUCGAAGGUACGAUAAAAGAAGUUCCAUCAAUAGCCUUGUCCUUUUACUCUGGUCUUUUUGCUUAUAAUGGCUGGAAUUAUUUAAAUUUCAUCAUCGAAGAAUUAAAAGAUCCAAUUAAAAAUUUACCAAAAGCCAUUGCCAUAUCAUGUACUCUAGUUACAAUUGUCUACGUUUUAACAAAUAUUGCAUUUUACACAACAUUAUCGCCUAAAGAAGUUCUCGAAUCUGAGGCUGUUGCUGUCACAUUUGCAAAUCGUUUGUUUGGAGUUAUGGCUUGGACGAUACCCGUAUUUGUUGCACUGUCAACAUUUGGAGCCGUAAAUGGAAUUUUAUUAACAUCAUCCAGAUUAUUUUAUGCAGGUGCAUGCGAAGGUCAAAUGCCAGAAAUUUUAACUAUGAUACAAGUUCACAGAUUAACUCCAACUCCUGCCGUUUUAUGUAUGGCUCUUAUAUCGAUGAUGUAUUUGACUGUAAGCGACAUAUUAGCUUUAAUAAAUUAUGUUGGAUUUGCUACAUGGUUGAGUAUUGGUAUAGCAGUUCUUUGUUUGCCAUGGCUCAGAUGGAAACAACCAAAUUUAUUGAGACCAAUCAGGGUUAAUUUAUUCUUUCCAUUUUUAUACAUUGUAUGCACCAUUUUUGUUGUCAUUUUUCCAAUGAUAGAAAGUCCAAAAGAAACAGGUUAUGGAACCAUAAUGAUUUUAACAAGUGUUCCAGUAUAUUUUGUUUUUAUAUGGUGGAAAAAUAAGCCAAAAUUAUUUCAAAGAGCUGUUGGUAAGUCACUACACUAA